AUGUCUUUUAAAAAGCAACCAAUCACCGCUUCAAAUGCGCCAGCACCUGCACCCUUCCUUUCACAAGCCAUCUUAAUGGGCGACUUCGUCUUUUGCUCCGGACAAAUUGGCUCUCACCCCGAGACCGGCGCGCUUGUCGCAGGUCCAAUCGGGAACCGAACGAAACAAAUCCUUGCCAAUCUCCGCGCAGUUUUGGAAGCUGCUGGAAGUAGCUUGGAUAAUGUUGUCAAGUGUAACAUUUACCUUACAAGCAUGGGCGAUUUCAAUGCUGUCAAUGAGGUUUAUGCGGCUACAUUUGAGAAGCCGAUGCCGGCGCGUACUUGUGUUUGCGUGAAGGAGUUGCCAUUGGGAACGGAUGUGGAGAUUGAAUGCAUUGCGGCCGUGAAGAAUGCGAAGCAAUCCAAGCUUUAA